AUUUAACAAUUUUAAAUUUAAUUGCUUUGCAAGAUUACUCCAGAUCAAUAUAUAUUGAUUAAUUGUGUGAAAGCACCAUAAAUGCUGUUAUUAUGAUGAUUAUGAUUAAAAUUCCUGUCACAUAACGCAACACGCAAUGUAUGUAAUUAUUUCCAAAUAAUUGUUCCUGGAGAAUACCUUUGAGUCAAGAUAAUAGAAUAUGACAUUAGUUCUCAUCGAUAUCUUUUUCAUAAAUGAUUCAGUGAUUUAUAAAUGAUUAAUCUGUUACGUUGGUUAUUUUCCGUUCUGGUAUGUCUACUUGAAAUGUAACACUACGCGUAGCUUCUAGCACGUGUCUGACACAUGCUUUGGCGAUAUCUGCUAAACAUCACGAUUACGUUCCGAUUUUUUUGAGAUAACUGCGCUUGUAUAUAACCACUUUCUACCCGGAGAUAGAAAUUCCACGUAAAAUAAUACAAUUCUUAGAUUUUACACGCAAAAUUGUGUUUGUACUGUGUUCUAUGAAAACGUGAUUCAUACUAUGUUUUAUUUAUUAUGAAUUAUUGUUGUACAGUAAUUUUUGCAACUUUACUAUAUUCUUAAUGAAAAAAAUUUUAAUAAAAACGUUUAUUAGAGAACUUUUUUUUUCUUAUUAAAGGCUUUAUAAAAAUGAAAUGUAAAUAUAUCUGAUGAGAUAAAAAAGGUCGUUAAUCAUUUAAAAAUAUGCAUUGCUGCAUUUAUAUAAUGCGACUUUUACGAGUAAUAUAAUUCUUAUGACUGCAUACCGAAGAAGAAACACUGUGGCUGCAUUGUGAUUCACUGUUUUACAUCCGUACGAUAUUCUGUAAGAAAGCCCAAUGCCUGUGGUGAAUAAAGAAAAACGAUGACAGGAUGUCGAGUGUGGAGGAUAAUUUUACUCGUUGCUAUAUGGGAAACGACUGCGAGCGUAAACACAAACGUCGCACAAAUUUAUUCAAAUAAUGGAGACAAGAAAUCGUUUGAGCCAGACAAAUAUAUUUAUUCCUGGACAGGGCCAAAUGCAUUGGCCAGAUCGGCCUUGGUGGAGAGACAGGAAAGGCUGCAAUAUAAUUGCGAGCUCGAAAGUGGAGGGGUCGAUAUCGCCGAGCUGAAUCCAGAAUCAUUCAGAAAUAUCCUCGUGGAUGAUUUGCAUGAAUUGCUCUAUUGCUAUGUACCAAAGGUGGCUUGCACAAAUUGGAAGCGCGUACUAAUGAUCGCGACCGGGAAAUGGCCCGGUAAUGAUCCCUUAGAAAUACCAGCCGAUCAAGCUCAUUCCCCUGGUACUUUUCAGCGAUUGAGCAAUUACACUUUGCCCGAGAUAGAGAAGAAAUUGGCGACGUAUGAUAAGUUGAUUGUCGUGAGACAUCCUUUGGAAAGGCUUCUGUCGGCCUAUCGAAAUAAAUUAGAGACCAAACAUGAGAAAAGUGCAAGAUAUUUUCAGACUCGCUUUGGCAAAAAAAUAGUUAAGAAAUACAGACCGAAUGCAACCGAGGAGUCUUUAAGGAACGGUGACGACGUAACGUUUCGCGAGUUUGUCAAUUUCGUCACCGACGACACCGAGAAUGGAACUCGGAACGAACAUUGGAGGCCGAUAUAUGAUUUGUGCCAGCCGUGCGUAGUCAAUUACAAUCUCGUAAGCAAGUAUGAGAGUUUGGUCGAGGAUGCUACAGAAAUUCUCGAGAGAAUAGGUGUGACAUCUGUGAAUUUUCCAGGUAGACCACCAAGCAGCGAACCGACAUCGAGAAAAUUGGAUAGGUAUUAUUCCACUUUGAGUUACAAGCAGCUUCGUAAGCUGGCGGAUCUGUACAAAUUAGAUUUAAGACUCUUUGAUUAUUCGUUGGAGGACAUGUUGGGAUUUUCCUUGGCUUAAAGUGCAUUAAUAUUAAACAUAUAUAGAAAUUGGACACAAAAAAAUUGUUAUAAAAUCUAUAUACCGUGAGUUAAUAUGAAUAAUUACUAAUGCAUUUUGUAAAUGCACAUAUAUAAAAUGUUUGAAAUAUCAGAAUUUAAUUUAGGUUUUUUUUUGGAAAAUUUAAUGGAGACUUUUUUUAUGUAAACAAAAUUUGGUACUACCUCGUAUUAUCUAGUAUUGCAUGUAUUGUACAAAAAUGUUUUUAAAUUAAUAACUUGUAGAAACGUGUAUAUACCGAUAUGUAUAUAUACGUGUAUAUAUCUUCUUUUAAAUUUAAGUCUUUUUUUACGUCAUAAGAAUUUAGCUAUAUGUGUGAUGUAUAUAUACAGAAUUUAGAUGUAUGUAUGUAUGAUAUGUGAGAAAAAGUUAUCAAUAUCAACAAGAAAUCAAAAUUAAAUAUAUAAUAGAUUUUAAACAUUCGAGAAUAAAUUAUAUAAAAAUAUAUUAAACAUAUCAAUGUGAAAUAUACAUAAUUAAAAUAUGAUUUGUUUUAUAAACUGCGGAAUAAAUUGUACGCGUCUUUUACUUUUCGUUUGUCUUAUUUAUACGAAAAAUUUCAUACGUCGAAUUUGUUUAAAUUAUUGUUAUAUAUACUUAAUUGAAUGCGGCAUCCUUAAUCAUUGUGUUUUACGAUUGAAAUAUAUUCAUACUCGUAAAUAUAUUUCAAACUAUUUAUUUUUAAAAUUAUGGCGUUUUAAAUGUACAACGGUGUCUCUGCCAAGAAUUUAAGGAUAAUAAAGCGAAUAAAAGAACUUGUUUUGCUCGUGCCAAGAAAGAAUCACUCGUCAACUUCUUACAAGUCAAGUUUCGUAAAAGUCAUAUAAAACAUACGCCACAACUUUUACAUCAGUCCGCAAUUUAUAGAACGAAAUCUUAUCUUGGGAUAAUCUCUAUUUAUACGCGCACCUUAUGUACUGUGUCAUACGAGUUAAUUCGUAAUAAAAGUUUCGCUUUCCUAUUUUCGUAACGGGAGUUUGUGUCAUAUCAUGUUCAAAGUUAUUGCUUUGAACGCCGCCAUAUUUGCGUGCCUAUGUGGAUAUUAUGUGCAGAGAUAUCUUUAUUGCACAUCUCGAAGGAAUCCGUAAAAAUCAGAAGAUAUGCAUAGUUACCAAUCAAUUAUUUUUGAUAGAUAAAAUUGUACAUAACGUUGCGCAAACAACACAGUUAUGUAUAUUAUGUAUCUAACAAUAAAUUACAUUCAGUAAUUAAUGUUAA